AUGAAAAUGCAACAGGGAACAAAAGAGACAAUAGAGGGAAACUGUCAAUGCAUGAUCACAGAUAUUAUAAUGACACAUCCACCACCAUCACUAGGGAGGGACUCGUACCCGGUCACGCAGUAUCUUAUUGAGAGAUACUACCAACUCAUACAGCAGACCCCGAAUUGUGGGGCUGUCAUAACGAGGGAAACUACAAAUACUCUAUUGAACGCUAUAGAGCACAAGGAUUGGGAGAAGGAGACCAUUAAGGAACAGUUGCUGGAUGCCGAUAAUGACUCUUCAGAGACUACUAUUAACGGUGCAGCGGAGGAAGAAGCAGAUGACUUUAAUGGUAAGGAAACACAGAUGGAAGUGGAUUGCACUUCUAGGCUCACAAAAUGGAAAGUUUGGUUGACAAGUAUAAUAUCUAUCAGUAAUUAUGAACGCAAUUUACGAAUAGAGAAUUUGCUGACACAGAGAAAUAACGCGAUAUCCUAUUAUCAAUGGAGGGACGUAGGUUAUGAAUUGGAUCAUUUGACUCAAAAACAUAUUUGGAAACAUAAACAGGCUUCUCAGUUGUAUGAUUACGUUACAAUUGAAAAUUUGACUAAUAAGCUACGAGAUAGACGGUUAGAACAGGAUUUCUCCGGUCUCUUGUAUCUAAUUAGAACAAAUUGGGUAAGAAAUCUUGGUAAUAUGGGGAACGUCAACUUGUAUAGACACUCAUACGUGGGAACUAAACACAUUAUUGAUGAAUAUAUGAAGGAAUCUCAUUUAGCCAUAGAAGCAUUGUUAAACCAAUCAGAAGUGGAUGAUUCAUACUUAUUAGGAAUGCUACAACAAACAAGAAGAAACAUUGGGAAAACUGCCCUGGUACUGAGCGGUGGUGCCACGUUUGGACUUUUCCACAUCGGUGUCCUUGCGUCUUUAUUUGAAGCUGAUCUAAUGCCCAGAAUUAUCAGUGGAACAAGUGCUGGUGCCAUUGUGGCAAGUAUCUUUUGUGUUCACACUACGGAAGAAAUUCCAAAUCUACUAGCAAACGUCUUAAACAUGGAAUUUAAUAUCUUUACAGAUAAUAAAGAUUUAGGAAGUAAAGAAAACUUUUUAAUAAAGUUAUCCAGAUUUAUGAAAACAGGGACUUGGUUCGAUAAUAAACAUUUAGUAAAUACAAUGAUGGGAUUUUUGCAUGAUUUAACAUUUCGUGAAGCAUACAAUAGAACGGGGAAAAUUCUAAAUAUUACAGUCUCACCUGCAUCACUAUUUGAACAACCACGUUUAUUAAACAACUUAACCGCACCAAAUGUCCUAAUUUGGUCUGCGGUUUGUGCCUCAUGUUCCGUCCCAGGUGUUUUCCCUGCAACUCCAUUAUUCGAGAAGGAUCCCAUAACGGGAAAAAUUACUCAAUGGGGUGGGAACACAUCAGUGAAAUUUGUUGAUGGAUCAGUAGAUAAUGAUUUACCCAUUUCAAGAUUAUCAGAAAUGUUUAAUGUUGAUAACAUUAUUGCUUGCCAAGUUAAUAUGCAUGUUUACCCAUUUUUAAAGUUCUCUGUCUCCUGUGUCGGAGGUGAAGUACAAAAUGAGUUUAGUGCCAAGAUAAAACAACAUUUAUCCACUAUUUAUAACUCCAUAAAUGAAGAAAUAAUUCAUUAUUUGGGAAUGGGAGCAGAAUUAGGUAUUGCAAGGAUGCCAUUAACAAAAUUACGGUCCAUCCUAUCGCAACAAUAUUCAGGAAAUAUUACAAUAUUACCAGAUAUGAACAUGUACUCCAAAUUAGCAAAUAUAUUAAUAAAUCCAACUCAAGAAUUCCUAUUACAUGAAACUACCAUAGGAGCCCGUGCCACUUGGCCAAAAAUUUCAAUGAUUAGAAAUAAUUGUGGACAAGAAUUCGCCUUGGAUAAGGCAAUAACAUUCCUUAAGGGUAAACUAAUAAUGUCAGCAUCCAUAAAGAAUCCUCUUCAAUUUACAGCUAACCCAUACACAACAAUAAGAUUGGAUCAUACAAAUGAACUGGUAGCAACACACCAACAUACAUCUAAUAUGUUGGAUGAUAAUCUUUUGGAAUCUGAAGCUGCUAAAUCUCUCUUGUUGUUGCCAGAAGGCUCAUAUAGGAAUAAUCAUGCACCAACAAUAAGUUACAUAAGAUCAAAAACCCCCAUUAAAGCCAGGAGACCACAUAGGAAAUCAGAUAUUACAUCCAUGAGAUCAUUGAGAAAUUUCGAAGUACAAAGUGCAUUACCUCGAAAGAGGACCACUUCCACAUCAAUCAAAUCGAAAAACUUCUUACCCAUGCUGAGGAACGAUUCCAAUCAACCAUUCUAUACUUUACAAUCUGCACACUCACCAAGAAGAUCUCCCAGUAGACAGAGAUUAAGAACAUAUUCCAAAUCAAAUUCGAAAAAUAAUUCGAGAAAUAAUUCGAGAAAUAAUUCAAGAUUAUCAUCACCAAUUAAACCGAUACCGUCACCAAGAAAUGGCGAAGUCACUUCUAAAGGGGCAAUACAUGGUAAAGAAGCCACUAACAAUCAGAUUGAUGAUUCAGAAAAUAUAAUGACAAGCAUUAAUGAACUCCUUGUGAGAUCCAAUAAAGUCCAAAGUAGACCUGUCAUCUCAAGAAAAAACAGCAGAUUUGGGAAAAUCAGAUGGGGUGACGAUAAUAAUGAAGUUUUACAUGAACCAAAAAAUUAG